GUGUUCUCCACUGCCGCCGUUGUUCCAUUGAGAGAGGCUCAACAUGGCAUCCGACGGACCACCGGGUACUGAAUCUGUCCCGUCCGAUUUAGGGAGCGCUAUUGCUGCUUUGAAUACAUGGAGCAACCCAGAGCUUCAGUCCAAGCUGGCGGAGUUGGGAGCGCCCGCAAUGGGUCCCAGAGAGGAGCUGAUUGACAGACUGAAAGGCUACAUGAUGCAGACUGGGAUUCUGCUUAGUAAACCUGGUGAUGACAAACCACUGGGCUCCCAGAUGUCAGGUAUACCUCCUCUGCCACCAAUGCCAAUGCCACCCAUGCCUCCUGGUAUGGGCAUGCUCCAAGCUAUGACCUUGAUGCCUGGGGGUCCCCCUCCACCUGGUAUACACAUGGGCAUGGAGCCUCCAGGUUUGCCUCCUCCUGGCAUGUCACAGGAUGAUCAGCUGAAGAUGGUGCAGCAGAGAGCAGCUAUGGUUUUACAGCAGGAGGAGAGAGCCAAGCAGCAGGGUGAUGAACAGGAUCUUCUGGAGCAGCAGAAAAGGGCUGCUGUGUUGCUAGAACAGGAGCGCCAACAGGAGAUGGUCAAGAUGCAGCAAGGUUCAGGGCCCAGACCAAUGGCUCCUGUUAGUGCAGUCAGAGGUUUGGAUUCUCGUACACCGCUGCCUCCUGGUAUCAGCAUGUUGCCUCCCCAGAAACAGAGAGUACCACCACCUCCAGGAGAGGACAACAGAGAGGUCUGGCAAAGCGAGGAGGUCAGUAUCACCGGGCCUAAGAUUCCUCAAGCUCUAGAGAAGAUCCUCCAGCUAAAGGAAAUCAGACAGGAACAGCUCACUGACCCUACAGUAGAGGAGGGAGGAGAUGACGAAGGAGCAGACAUGGAUGUCAACUCUGGUCUAGGCAUGUCUGAGACAGAAGAUGAUGACCAGUUAUCUAAGAAAGAUAAAAAUCGUAAACGCAGGAACCGCAAGAAGAAGAGCAAGAAGAAGCGAGCCCUGGAAAAGAAGGAGCAGGCGGAACAGCAGCAACAACAGAAGGAAGGGGGUGAAAAGGAGAAGGACCCUGAGGUGGAGAUUGAGUAUGUCACAGAGGAGCCAGAAAUUUAUGACCCUAACUUCAUCUUUUUCAAGAGGAUUUUUGAGGCAUUCAAGCUCACAGAUGAUGUGAAGAAAGAGAAGGAAAAGGAGCCUGAAAAGGCAGAAAAGCUGGAGACUACUGUGCUGCGGAAAAAGGGUUAUGAGGAAGCCAAAGGGGAGAGUGACGAUAGCGAUGAGGAAGUUAGACCAGAUCAACCUAAACUGUCGAAGAAGAAACUGAGGAGGAUGAACAGGCUGACUGUGGCUGAGCUCAAACAGCUUGUGGCUCGUCCUGAUGUGGUGGAAAUGCAUGAUGUCACAGCCCAGGAGCCUAAACUGCUGGUCCAUCUUAAGGCCACCAGGAACACGGUGCCAGUUCCCCGCCACUGGUGCUUCAAGAGAAAGUAUCUCCAGGGCAAGAGAGGUAUAGAGAAGCCCCCGUUUGAGCUGCCUGAGUUCAUUAAGAGGACAGGAAUCCAGGAGAUGAGGGAGGCCCUGCAGGAGAAGGAAGAUGCUAAAACUAUGAAAACCAAAAUGAGAGAGAAGGUACGACCCAAGAUGGGAAAGAUCGACAUUGACUACCAGAAGCUCCACGAUGCCUUCUUCAAAUGGCAGAUUAAACCCAAGCUCACAAUCCACGGAGACCUUUAUUAUGAGGGUAAAGAGUUUGAGACUCGUCUAAAGGAAAAGAAGCCUGGGGACCUUUCCGAUGAACUGCGUAUCGCUCUGGGCAUGCCAGUCGGACCGAAUGCCCACAAGGUGCCGCCUCCCUGGUUGAUCGCCAUGCAGAGGUACGGACCUCCUCCAUCCUACCCCAACCUCAAGAUUCCUGGCCUUAACUCCCCCAUUCCAGAUAACUGUACUUUCGGUUAUCAUGCUGGAGGCUGGGGGAAGCCACCAGUAGAUGAAAUGGGUAAACCACUCUACGGUGACGUGUUUGGGACCAAUUCUGUGGACUUCCAGGCCAAGGCGGAGGAGGAGGAGGUGGAUCACACGCCAUGGGGAGAGCUGGAGCCUUCAGACGAAGAGUCAUCAGAGGAAGAAGAGGAGGAGGAGAGUGACGAGGAGAAGCCAGACGAAACUGGAUUCAUCACACCAGCAGACAGCGGCCUGAUCACCCCCGGAGGCUUCUCAUCAGUCCCUGCUGGCAUGGAGACCCCAGAGCUGAUUGAGCUGAGAAAGAAAAAGAUCGAGGAAGCCAUGGAUGGAAAUGAGACACCCCAGCUGUACACAGUGCUUCCUGAGAGACGAACUGGCCCUGUAGGAGCAGCCAUGAUGGCCUCCACACACAUCUACGAAAUGACAGGGGCCAUGCCGAGUCGCAAGACAGGUGGAGGGCAGGAAUCCCAAGGAGUGGAGGUGGCCCUGGCUCCAGAGGAGUUGGAGCUGGACCCUAUGGCCAUGACCCAGAAGUACGAGGAGCACGUAAGAGAACAGCAGGCUCAGGUGGAGAAGGAGGACUUCAGCGACAUGGUGGCUGAGCACGCUGCCAAACAAAAGCAAAAAAAGAGGAAGGCCCAGCCACAGGACACGCGAGGUGGUGCCAAGAAAUACAAAGAAUUCAAAUUCUAGAUCUGAAACACGAAACGCUGCUGGAGAAGAAGCCACAAAAGGAAGUGAAAGCGGAAGAAAUGUACUUGGUUUUUAAUUUCGGCGGAUGCAACCUGCAACACCAAUCACCUGUUAGAUUGGUGACAGAAAAUGCAUUCUUUCUUUUUUUUUUUUUUUUUUUUACUAUAAAUAGAUGAAGCCGUCGUGUAAUAACAGGAGGACUGUGAUGCUUUUCCUCUCUGACUCUGUUUUACAUUGUGGUUAUUUUUUCACUGUAACCAUGUUUUGUUUUGUAAAUAAAUUAAAUGAGAAC